ACUUUUAAAAAAAUGUCCUGCACUUGAGAGACCAGCUACUACUGGCUUACCAUGAACCAUCUACCCAUAGUGGUCGUCGACCUUCUCCAAAUAAAAUAAAAUUAAAAAAGGGAAGAAAUCCCAGCACAUAGUGCUAGAUGAGUCUGAAGCAACUUCCAUUCCAAGUGAAGCACACGAGCGACCUUCCUGCUGAAGAAUAAUCAGAACUAACUGUCAGUGAAUUCGGUACCGGACCUAAUUUCACCCAACAGCGAAAGUGACAGCCUCAGAGGCUCAAUCCACUCUGCAUCACCAGCACCCCCUUCUUCUUCCUCCUCCACUUCUUUGGGUUUUUUGUUUUGUUUUGGUUGACAAUCUACUCGCUUUUUCCAACAAUUCUUCUCGACUCCGUCGCCGUGCGAAAGCUGCAUAUGCGUAUCCUGUCUGCAUCAUAUAUACAUAUAUGUAUAUAUCUUUUUACCUUUGAGUGGGAUAUGAUCCAAGCAAGAAGAAGCUCUCUUCGUCCUCACACCAGCUAGCCAGGCCGCCUUGUAACCGACGCCACCAGCAAUGCUUGCAACGUCUCUUCUCUCUUUUGUCCUUCCUGCAUUCGUACAAUCAUAUAAUAAAUAGUAUUUGAUAGAUGGUACCGAGAUGAGCAAAAUUUCAGCCAAAAUCCAUUCUUCUCCUCCAAAUUGAUUGCGUCUUCUUCAGUUCUUCUGCCUGCGUAGCCAAGUCAGCUCUACUCUGCUCUGCUCCGCUCCAUAUUAAGAGGCCCAGCUCUCGCUGUGUUCGUCCGUGCGUUUGGGCAGUCAGUUACCGGGUCAGUGCCAUCAUCAGUUGCAGUAGGUGACCAAUCAAUCAUUCGUUCGUCCAUCCAUCUGCUGAAGCUCCCCUGCUCUUGACCUGCCAACCAUCGCCGCCCAGCCCAACCAAGCAACACAUAAAGGCAAGCACAAGAAAGAGCAAGUGCACUGUUGCAUUGCUGGUUGCUCUCUCCUCUCCGUCUUGGUGGGGAGGAAGAAGAGAGGCGAGGCAAGAGAGGUUGCGGUUGCGUUGUUGCUGCGUUGCGCCAUGAGGAGGACAGGGCUGGCGCCCGGCCAUGGCUCGGCGGCGGCGGUGGGGAGGGUGAUGAGGGCCGCGGUGGCGGCCUUCUUUGGCGGGUACCACUGCUUCAGCUCCGUGGCGGCGCUGCUCGCGCUGCCGUUCUCGGCGGCCGUGCUGGCGUCCGAGGCGAUGGCGCCGUCGUCGGGGAUGCUGCGUGGGGUGGCAUCGCGGCUCAGGUCCGUGUUCGCCGCCGCGGGGUUCCCGCCGUCGGCCUUCUUCGCGCUGCUCGAGGCGAAGCUGUCGCAGACCGUGUUCACGUUCGCGGCCACGCUGCCGUUCGCGCUCACAUUCCUGCUGCUCGCCAAGGCCUGCGUUGCUGGCAUGCUCCGAGACGACGCGCCAGGUGGGCGGGCUCCUCGGCGGAGGCUAGCCGCGCUCCCGCCGUUCGGGGCCACCGCGCGCGCGUACCCGGCGCUCGUCGCCACGCACCUCUUCAACGCCUUCCUCAUGCUCUCCGCCAACGCAGCGGUGUUCUCGCUGCUGCUCCUCGCCUUCGGCGCCGCCGACCUCCUCGGGCUGACCUCACACGCCUGGACGCUCGCGCUCUCCGCGGCCGGAGCCAUCGUCUACUCGCUCGCCAUAGGCGUCGCCACCGUGGUCUGCAACCUCGCCGUCAUCAUCGCCGCCAUGGAGCGGGGCUGCGCCGGUCACGCCGCGGUGCUCAGGGCGUGCGUGGUGAUCAGGGGCCGGGUGUCCACCGCGCUGGCGCUGGCGCUGCCCACCAACCUCGGCAUGGCGGCCGCGGAGGCGCUGUUCCAGCUCCGGGUCGUCGCGCAGCACCGGAGGGCCGGGAGGCUCGCGCCGGGGGUCGCCGGCGAGGCCUUCUCGAUCGCCUACAUCCACGCGCUCUGCGUCGUGCUCGAGAUUAUCGUCAGCUGCAUGUUCUACAGGAGCUGCAAGAAGAGUGAAGCUGAUGAGCUCAGAGAGCUGGAGCCAGAGGAGAAAGGCGACCUCCACGCUUGAACUCAGCUUCAGCUUCAGUCAGGUGUACAAGAAAGCAACGAAGGUAAGCUUACAGAUAGCAGCGUAGGUUUGUCUUUCUGAGAAGCAACAGGAUCAGAUCAAAUGGUACAGAGCCGAUCCAGAGAAAUAUAGCAAAUUCAGAUAGAGUUUCUGCAUUUAUUUUUGUUGGCAAGCAAAUGACAAAUUGAGGCCAAAUAUACUAUUCUCUUGUACAAAAGUAAAUACUCUCUUGAAAUGAAAUAAAAAUGCAGGGAAUUUUUUAUUGUUCA